AGGAGGGAUGAUGGAAAGAGGACCCAACUCCCCCCUGGAGGCCUGUGCCUGAGGCUCUUCUCCUUGAGAAGAAUGUGGCCCCUCGGGUAGGAAGAGGCUGUCCACUGAGCCUGGCGACACUGUACUAUCUCCACACCCCAGACCCCUCAGAUGAGCACGAUUCACCUGUGUCCUCCAAGCAGCUCCAGGACAGAGCUUUUCACAAAGCCUUCAGACUUUGUUAAGCUUCUGCUGGAGGCUCCAGCAUAGUUUGGACCCGUUGGAGGAGCGCGAGCAUUCAGGUCUCCACUGCUGAUGAAGCCGUGACCCAAAGCAUCCAACCCCUGGCAGCCAUCUGCUCCGCAGCCAUAGCCCACAUUCCCAUGCCCUGCUUGCUUUGGGGCUCUCUCUGUGCGGCCUCCAGGCCCCGCCCUGGAGAUGAACGCGAUGCCAGGGUCCUAGUGUGCCUCAUGAUGCCCCCAGCCUAGCUCCUCCCCACACUUCGGUACGAUGUUGCCCAACUCUACCAACAGUUCUGUUCCCCCUGCCAACGGUUCUGUUCCCCCGUGCCCCGACUACCGGCCCACCCACCGCCUGCACAUGGUGGCCUACAGCCUGGUGCUGGCCGCAGGGCUCCCCCUCAACGCGCUGGCCCUCUGGGUCUUCCUGCGCGCGCUGCGCGUGCACUCCGUCGUGAGCGUGUACAUGUGCAACCUGGCGGCCAGCGACCUGCUCUUCACCCUCUCGCUGCCCGUGCGCAUCUCCUACUACGCCCUGCACUACUGGCCCUUCUCCGACCUCCUGUGCCAGACAGCGGGCGCCAUCUUCCAGACGAACAUGUACGGCAGCUGCAUCUUCCUGACUCUCAUCAACGUGGACCGCUACGCGGCCAUCGUGCACCCGCUGCGGCUGCGCCACCUGCGGCGGCCCCGCGUGGCGCGGCUGCUCUGCCUGGGAGUGUGGGCGCUCAUCGUCGUGUUCGCCGUGCCCACCGUCCUGGUGCACAGGCCCUCGUCCUGCAGCUACGGCGGCGGCCAGGUGCGCCUGUGCUUCGAGAGCUUCGGCGACAGGCUGUGGAAGGGCGGGCUGCUGCCGCUCGUGCUGCUGGCCGAGGCGCUGGGCUUCCUGCUGCCCCUGGUGGCGGUGCUCUACUCGUCGGGCCGGGUCUUCUGGACCCUGGCGCGGCCCGACGCCACGCAGAGCCAGCGGCGGCGGAAGACCGUGCGCCUCCUGCUGGCCAACCUCGUCAUCUUCCUGCUGUGCUUCGUGCCCUACAACGCCACGCUGGCGGUGUACGGGCUGCUGCGGGGCAACCUGGUGGCGGCCAACAGCAAGGUCUGCGAUCGGGUGCGCGGGGUGCUGAUGGUGAUGGUGCUGUUGGCCGGCGCCAACUGCGUGCUAGACCCUCUGGUGUAUUACUUCAGCGCCGAGGGUUUCCGCAACACCCUGCGAGGACUGGGCACUCCGAACCGCGCCAGGACCUUGGCCACCAACGGGGCUCAGGGGGCGCUCGCCGAACAGCCCACUGAGACCACUUGCAUCACCACCCCAGCUACCGCCGAACAGGGGCUGCUCAGGCCCUCCAACGUGGGGACACCCUUAACCCAGCUCCCCGAGGACUCGGCCCUCUGACAGCACAUCAUGCCAUCGCUCGGUCACCCCCACCUCUCACUCCCUCGCCGCUGACACGCAUUAGGGUGUGUACACGAGGGAAGUGGAUUGGGCACUUGGGACUUCUGGAAGGCAACUCCCGCCCAGAAAUGCAGAAAAGAACAAGGUGUGGGGAGCCUGGGAAGGAGGAGCGCUGUGCUAAUGGCCUUCUUUAAUUUGGUGGUGAGGGUGAGCCUGAGGCCGACCCCUUCCCCAGUCCCUAGGAAGUGAAGCUGUGAGCUUUCCCAAUGCAGAGGCAGAUGACUGGAUGGCAUGCCCUUGGCGUGGUCAUGAAACACUCUUGAGAGCUGGGAGAUGGAGCAGAAAGUGGGUGUCCUGGAUUUACAGCCACCACAGUAGUCUUAGGACCUCAGGUGCCACCCACCCUCAUUUCCACCUGGGCUUCCCUUGCCCAGAACUUCCCUUGCCGAGUAAACUCAACGAUACGGAGUUUAAUGGAUACAGACAGAAUUGGUUUCCUUCUUGGUUAGUGACCUGUAACAAUUUGGACCUGGCACCCAAAGUGGGGUGGUUGGGGGCAGGACAAAACUGUGUGUUGGA